GGGCGGAGGGUCAUCGCACAUGCGCCCUGAGGGAAGAUGGCACCUGCCGGCUUCUGCAGCUACUGCUGGGGCGGUGCUGUGCCCGCCGGCGCUGCCCGGCGCCUGCUGCAGCUGCUGCUGCUGCUGGCCGCUGGACUGCAGCUGGGGGUCCUGGCCACCGAGUACUACUCGCCGCUGGCCUUGCUUAAGCAGGAGCUGCAGCACCGGCAGGAGGCCGGUGCGGGCGGCGGCUGCAACUCGCAGUCCGGAGCCUGGGGGGACCAGUACUCGGCCGAGUGCGGCGAGUCAUCCUUUCUGCACUUCCACGAUCCAGACUGCACGCCCAAGGGAUCACCAUCCUGCGACUCUUUGCUGUCACUCAACACGGAGAAGAUUCUGAGCCAGGCCAAGUCUGUUGCAGAACAGAAGAGAUUCCCAUUUGCUACUGACAAUGACAGCACGAAUGAAGAAUUAGCUAUCGCCUAUGUGUUGAUUGGCAGUGGUCUCUACGAUGAAGCAAUAAGGCAUUUUUCAACAAUGCUUCAGGAGGAGCCUGAUCUGGUUAGUGCAAUUUAUGGCCGAGGGAUUGCCUACGGGAAGAAGGGAUUGCAUGACAUUAAGAACGCUGAGCUUGCUCUGUUCGAGCUGAGCCGAGUCAUCGCCUUGGAGCCAGACCACCCAGAGGUGUUUGAGCAGCGGGCAGAAAUUCUGUCCCCUUUGGGUCGCAUCAGUGAAGCAGUGACUGACCUGACUAAAGCAAUCCAGCUUCAGCCCUCCGCCCGGCUCUUCCGGCAUCGAGGGACGCUGUACUUCAUCUCAGAGGACUAUGUGACCGCCCAUGAAGACUUCCAGCAGUCCUUAGACCUGAACAAAAAUCAGCCCAUCGCUAUGCUAUACAAAGGGUUAACUUUCUUUCACAGAGGACUUUUGAAGGAAGCUAUUGAAUCCUUCAAAGAGGCUUUAAAGCAGAAAAUUGACUUUAUUGAUGCAUAUAAAAGCCUGGGACAGGCCUAUAGAGAACUGGGCGACUUUGAAGCUGCCACCGAGAGCUUUCAGAAGGCACUGCUGCUCAACCAGAACCACGUGCAGACCCUCCAGCUCCGAGGCAUGAUGCUUUACCAUCACGGCAGCCUGCAGGAGGCCAUCAGGAACUUCAAGCGGUGUCUCCAGCUCGAGCCGUAUAACGAAGUGUGCCAGUACAUGAAAGGACUCAGCCAUGUGGCAAUGGGACAGUUUUAUGAAGGCAUAAAAGCACAGACCAAAGUUAUGCUAAAUGACCCUCUCCCAGGUCAGAAGGCUAGCCCGGAGUACCUUAAAGUGAAAUAUCUCCGAGAAUAUUCCAGAUAUCUUCAUGCACAUCUGGAUACCCCCGUUACAGAAUAUAACAUCGACAUGGACCUGCCUGGGAGCUUUAAGGAUCACUGGGCCAAGAAUCUGCCCUUCCUCAUAGAUGACUACGAGGAGCAGCCGGGCCUGCAGCCCCACAUAAAAGAUGUGCUCCAUCAGAAUUUUGAGAGUUACAAGCCUGAGGUGCAAGAACUGAUUUGCGUUGCAGACCGCUUGGGGUCGCUGAUGCAAUAUGAGACACCAGGGUUCCUGCCAAAUAAACGAAUCCACAGAGCCAUGGGCUUGGCAGCACUGGAGGUGAUGCAAGCUGUGCAGCGCACUUGGACCAACUCAAAGGUGCGGAUGAACGGGAGGACGCGGCUAAUGCAGUGGAGAGACAUGUUUGAUGUUGCAGUGAAGUGGAGAAGGAUUGCUGAUCCAGAUCAGCCUGUGCUGUGGUUAGAUCAAAUGCCAGCACGAAGUCUUAGCAGAGGUUUUAAUAAUCACAUCAAUUUAAUCAGGGGUCAGGUGAUUAACAUGAGAUACCUGGAAUAUUUUGAGAAAAUACUUCAUUUUAUUAAAGAUAGGAUUCUUGUUUAUCAUGGAGCUAAUAAUCCUAAAGGACUGUUAGACGUUAGAGAAGCUCUGGAAAAGGUACACAAAGUAGAAGACCUUCUGCCAAUUAUGAAGCAGUUUAAUACUAAAACAAAGGAUGGGUUCACUGUGAACACAAAAGUCCCCAGCCUCCGAGACCCAGGGAAGGAGUACGAUGGCCUCACCAUCACCAUCACAGGAGACAAAGUUGGCAAUAUACUGUUUUCUGUGGAAACACAAACCACAGAAGAAAGAACACAAUUGUAUCAUGCCGAAAUCGAUGCACUUUAUAAAGAUCUGACAGCAAAAGGAAAGGUGUUAAUUCUCUCAUCAGAGUUUGGGGAGGCUGAUGCUGUCUGCAACUUAAUCUUAUCAUUAGUUUAUUACUUUUAUAACUUAAUGCCACUUUCGCGAGGAUCCAGCGUCAUAGCUUACUCAGUGAUCGUGGGAGCUCUCAUGGCGAGUGGAAAAGAAGUGGCAGGAAAGAUUCCCAAAGGGAAGUUAGUUGACUUUGAAGCUAUGACAGCCCCUGGUUCAGAGGCCUUCAGCAAAAUAGCUAAAAGCUGGAUGAACUUGAAAAGUAUUUCACCUUCUUAUAAGACACUACCGUCAGUAUCGGAGACGUUCCCAACGUUAAGAUCGAUGAUUGAGGUGCUGAACACAGACUCUUCGCCACGUUGUCUUAAGAAACUCUAG